AUGUAUGACAGCUGGGAUAAGCUCCUUGUGAGCAAACUGCAACUGCCCUUCAAGUCCUUGGAGGAGGAAUUCAAGGUAUCGAGAGCCAGAGAAGUGGUUCAGUACAGGGACUCAAGUGAUCCGAUGGUGGCUAAAGCAGGGAUCCAAGUGAGGACUGGCAGGAAUUGGAAGGCAGAGGAAGCAGUUCAAGAGGCAGAUGCAAGGCUGCGUCACAGGAGCCUGGUGGGAGUGGUCACACGAGGUCGAGCUGGGCUAGGAUCUUUUCCAACCCCCCAAAUGAACACCAAGGGGAAGGAAGGGCGACAUCUUGUUCAGGAGGAGGUGAGAGCAGCAGUGGAGGAGACGAGAACCUGCAAGGCAGUGGGAAUGAAGCAACAGGGAGCUUGGACGAGAUGGGAGAAUGCGGUUGAGAGGAAAGUGACCUGGGCUGAGCUCUGGAAAGCCGAGCCUCAACGCAUAAAAUUCCUUAUCCGGGCAGUGUAUGAUGUGCUGCCAAGCCCGUCAAACCUGUACACAUGGGGCAUAGCAGAGACACCAGCAUGCCCAUUGUGUUCCAAGCGAGGAACCCUGGAACACAUCCUCAGUUGCUGUACAAGGGCACUUGGAGAUGGACGGUACAGGUGGAGGCAUGACCAAGUCCUUAAGACCAUCGCUGAAGCUAUCAGCACAGGACUUGAGUGGGCAAAGCAGUUCCGACCCUCCAAGAAAACCAUUGCCUUUGUCAGAGCUGGGGACACGGCAACUCCUGCCAGAAGAACAUCCUCUGCAGGCAUUCUGACGUCUGCAAGAGACUGGCAGUUGUUGGUGGACCUUGAACAUCAGCUGAAGUUCCCCAGCCAUAUUGCAGUCACCACUCUGCGACCAGACAUUGUCCUUGUGUCUGAGUCCACCAAGCAAGCUGUCCUGCUGGAGCUGACAGUUCCGUGGGAAGAUCGCUUGGAAGAGGCCUUUGAGAGGAAACUCUCCAAGUACGCAGGACUGGUCAGCAAUUGUCAGCAGGCUGGUUGGAGAGCAAGGUGUUUCCCCGUGGAAGUUGGAUGCAGAGGAUUUGCAGCCCGUUCUUUGGCCAGAGCCUUCAGCAGUUUCGGCAUCGAGGGAGAGAGAAAGAGGAGAGCCAUACGCAGUAUCACUGAUGCGGCUGAGAGAGCCUCAAGAUGGCUGUGGCUCAAAAGAGGGGAGCCAUGGAGUCAUGGUAGCUAGUUAGCCAUCUGGAC